GUAGAUAGCUAGUGACAAUGUCGCGCCCCAGUGCCGACUCGGCGUCCUUGCUCUCAUAUCAAACGUCACGCACUGCUUCAGCUCGUGGAACCGUAUUCACGCUAGACACCUUCUCUAGCAAAGACUUUAUUAUCAAAGACUUUGUGGAGUCCCUUUCCGACAGUGCCGUAUCUGCCUCUCGCAAAUCAGGGCCGGCGUCUGCGCACCACCAAGCUUUCGACCCCAAACCAUUAAUCCGCACAUUCGAACAUGCGCUGUCACGAUUGAAUCUUCUCUCGGAGGAGCUUGGAGAACGCGAAAACGAGCUAUCUGGAGCUGUCAGACGCGCCGAAGCUCAGCACAAUGGCAACGUAGAAUCACUGGGAAGCAAGUUGGACCAGGCUAUCGAGCGGUUCCAGCGACUGGACAGUUCCCUGAAUGGAGAUCCGAACGACGACCGCGGUCCCGACGCCGGAGGAAACGUGGCUGUGAGAAUUGGAGAGAGACUCGAAGAGCUUGAUCGUCAGCGGAAGAGAGCAGAAGAUGCUUUGUUCUUGAUCAAGUGUUGGCAGGAGGUCAGCGAACGGGGGGAUCUCUCGACACUUGAAGACAUGCGAAGAAUGGGCAAUGAACAGAGCAUAGUCCGCUGCGCGCAUAUUGCGCGACAGCUUCUCAAGUUGAGUGCUCGGCUGGAUCCAGAAGGCACAUCUCAUGUCAACGGAAAUGGCGGCCCGGUCCAAAAUGGCACGAAGAGAAGAACCACGGCAAUCCAAUCAAGACAUCCUACACGCGAGGUUAUUGAAAAGUUUCUAGAAAACCUGGAGCAAGAUCUUUUGAAGCAGUUCGACGAUUUCUACAGGCGGCCAAAUUACGAUGGCAUGCGGGACUGCGCCAUUGCGCUACGUGACUUCAACGACGGAGCGAGUGUGAUCGCGACCUAUGUUAACCAACAUUCCUUCUUCAUAGAUCGCAACCAGCUGAUAACAGAAGAGGUCAGCGGCGAUGCCGAGACUUGGGACCGCCUUCAAGAUCCUGACUCUGAACCGCCAGGCGUAGAACCCAGUCUACAAUCACUUAUAGACGAGGUCCGCAUAGUGGUGCAGGAAGAAUCAUCCAUCAUCAAGCGGGCGUUUCCCUACUAUGACGAAGUUCUCAUUCGGUUUUUACAGCGAAUAUUCCAACAGUCGAUUCAGCAGCGGCUAGAGAUGGUUCUAGGGAAAGCAAACGAAUUAUCAUCACUUGCUUUCUUGCGAUCCUUGCAAGCCUCCAGAAGCUAUGUCACAGCGCUCGUUGAUGAUCUGAAGGCGCAUGGUCUUACAGAACACCCGGAACCAGUAACGUCUCAGAUUGCAGCAACUCUCGAUCAGCAGCUUGAGGAUCUCUUUGUCCCUUACUUCGUCGGAUCAUCGUAUAUCGAGCGUGAGAAGAAGAAUCUGGAAGAGCUUUACUCUUCUUUGCUUCUCAAGUUUACCAUUUACCAUGCACGUCGACGCAAAGUCCCUACUACCUAUUUCGCAUCUCUUGCCCAGCGAGGCAAAGAGCUCGCUGCCUCUGCCCGUGAUGCGUACAUGGAUCGCUUGGACAACACUGAUAUGACCGCUUCCCAGAAGGCUAUGCUUCUCCGAAUCGCUGGCGUGAAGGAAGACAAUGCCGAUAAAAAGGAGAUUGAAGUUAGUGACGAGGAUGGCAAACUUUCAUUGCCAAAUGCGAAGCGCAUGUUGAAAUGGCUGGCAGAAGGUGUAGGUCGUGGGUUAGAACUCUCGCCUGGUAACGAGACGCCGAAGGACGUCCAAAACCUGCUGAACCUUCUUCUCACUCAUAUGGGUGAAAUCUACCUAGAGACUGCCCUGGACGCUGCUUCCGACCACGCUUUAUCACAAGAAAACUCAAAGACACCCCCUGAUCUCACACAUCUGCCCUCUCUGCAUACUCUCACAACCAUGCUACAUCUCCUACAGCAAACUACAACAACGAUACUACUUCCCCUAUGCACUCCGAAUCUGACCAUUAGGCGAGAGAUCGAGAAGUCAACAUCGACCACCCUUACCACAUUAGAAUCAAAACUCUCCAACAUUCUCAAUUUGAGUCUGACCGCCACCCUAAACUGGGUAGCAAAGUGUCUCGCCCAGCAGAAGAAGCAAGACUUCAGGCCCAAAGACGACGAGGACAUGAGUUUUCUGGGCAGCGAGACACAGGCCUGCCAAAGCGUGUGCUCAUUUCUCUCUCGAGUUGCCCAGCAAAGCACAGGGGCCCUUAGCGGAAGGAACCUCCACCUUUUCCUCGCAGAGCUCGCAAGGGGCGUCCGAGCUCUCGUGCUGGCGCACAUGCUCAAAUUCACAAUCAGCCUUACUGGUGGUCUAGUGGUGACGAGGGAUAUGGCCAAGUAUGCAGAGGUUGUCAGAGGGUGGCCUACAGGAGAGGAGUUGGAGCCUGGGGCUAUGGAUGUGUUGGGUGAGGUUGCAACUCUGUUCGUCAUUGGGUCCGAGGCGUUGAAGGAUAGAUUAAGAGGUGCGGGCGCUGAAGUGCAAGAGUUGAAGAAUUUCAUUGCACGGAGGGAGGACGCUGGUAGCGUUGGCGUCCAGGCUGCACUCAGUAGCUUGUAGUUUCUCGGGAGAUAUACAAAAGAUAUG